GACGGGUCUGAAGGUCAGGAAUGCUUCCCCGGGAGCCUUUUCUAGGAGAGGACAAAGCGCUUGGCUGCAGGCUCUCUGGGACAGGGUGGAGGGCGUGCAGAUCUUGCUGGGGACACGGCGACCUGCUCAGGGGGGCCCCGGACAGGACAGAGGACAGGAGAAGAAGCAUCGUCCAGGGGGGCCCCACCCCCCAGGAGCACCUCACUGGCAGCACUCAAACUGGUGAAGCUGGAGAGGUUACCCAUUUCCAGUCACUCUGCUGAGAAACAACUGGCCCAAUUUCCAUGGAGACCAGGGGAUCUGAAGGUUUGGAAAAGCCCUGGAAGAAGUCGGUGAGUGGGUCACAGGAGACUGAUGAUGUGCAGGACAAGGUGAGACCUGAGUUACUCUCAGAAGAUGAGAAAACAUGCCAUGCCAACCAAGAGACACAAGACAGAGAACCCCGCCGCUCCAUCCCAAUUCAUAGAAACUCCAUCUUCAACCGCACCAUGAGACGCAAAAGCAAAGGCAAACCCAGAGACGCUCCUGAACAGAACACCCCUGACCCAGCAGAUUCACUGGAAAAUGGACAGUCUGUAAAUGAGCCCCUGACCUUGAAUUCCCCCCAGAGCAGGAUGUCUCGGUGGAGAAUCCCAAUACAGCCGGACCCAGGAGCCAAGAGAACAAGCGAGUCGUCCUCCACCCCAGGAAAUGGGGCCACACCCGAGGAGUGCCCGGCCCUCGUCGACAGCCCCACCACGCUCACCGAGGCCCUGCAGAUGAUCCACCCCAUUCCCGCCGACUCCUGGAGAAACCUCAUCGAACAAAUAGGGCUCCUGUAUCAGGAAUACCGAGAUAAAUCAACACUCCAAGAAAUUGAAACCAGGAGGCAGCAGGAUGCAGAGAUACACACCAAUGCCCACAGCUCCCCGGUCAGCGAGGAGACUCCAGAAGAGGAGGAGGAGGAGGAGGACGACGACGACGACGAGAAAGCAAGCCCACCUGAGAGGAAGGCUCUGCCCCAGAUCUGCCUACUCAGUAACCCCCACUCGAGAUUUAACCUCUGGCAGGACCUCCCGGAGAUCCAGAGCAGCGGGGUGCUGGAAAUCCUCCAGCCCGAGGAGAUCAAACUGCAGGAGGCCAUGUUCGAGCUGGUCACUUCCGAGGCCUCCUACUACAAAAGCCUGAGCCUGCUCGUGUCUCACUUCAUGGAGAAUGAGCGUCUGAAGAAGAUCCUGCACCCGUCCGAGGCUCACAUCCUCUUCUCCAAUGUCCUGGACGUCAUGGCCGUCAGUGAGCGGUUUCUCCUGGAGCUGGAGCGCCGGAUGGAGGAGAACAUCGUCAUCUCAGACGUGUGCGACAUCGUGUACCAUUACGCGGCCAACCACUUCUCGGUGUACAUCACCUACGUCAGCAACCAGACCUACCAGGAGAGGACCUACAAACAGCUGCUCCAGGAGAAGGCAGCCUUUCGGGAGCUGAUUGCGCAGCUGGAGCUGGACCCCAAGUGCCGGGGGCUGCCCCUGUCCUCCUUCCUCAUCCUGCCUUUCCAGAGGAUCACGCGCCUCAAGCUGUUGGUCCAGAACAUUCUGAAGAGAGUGGAAGAAAGGUCUGAGCGUGAGUGCACUGCCUUGGAUGCCCACAAAGAACUGGAAAUGGUGAGCUGUGCUUCCUCCUUCUUUCUUCCCAAUGAACUGUUUUCCUUGUCCGGACACCUGCCUUCUGGUCCUGCCUCCUCCUCUGUCGCUGUGUCUUUGGAAAUUGCAAAUUCAUUUUUAAUAUCUGCUUUUGCAAUCGAGAAAGAACCACGUUUUCCCUGCAGCCACACCCCCCUCUCCCUCGAACAGACCCUUUCCAAUUGCCGUGGGAAUUUGCACUGCUCUGGUAGGCGUGCCUGCCCUGCUAACCCGGGGGUGUCCACGGUUUGCCGGGUCCAUAGCAGGACGGGCGACGGGGAUGAGGACGUGCCACCUCCCUCUCUCCUCCCUUCAGACUGCCCCCAGGUCCAGUGUGUGCACCCGUAUGUGGCCCAGCAGCCGGAUGAGCUGACACUGGAGCUGGCCGACAUCCUGAACAUCCUGGAAAAGACCGAAGACGGGUGGAUCUUUGGCGAGCGUCUGCACGACCAGGAGAGAGGCUGGUUCCCCAGCUCCAUGACUGAGGAGAUCUUGAAUCCCAAGAUCCGGUCCCAGAACCUCAAGGAAUGUUUCCGAGUCCACAAGAUGGACGACCCUCAGCGCAGCCAGAACAAGGAUCGCAGGAAGCUGGGCAGCCGAAAUCGGCAGUGACCCCCGGCCUGGGUCACCAGCCUGGCGGGAAGACGCGGGUGGGCAGGCCAGAGCAGCUCCGGGCAGGCAAACCCCGACGAACGGUGGAGGGGCUCUGGGGGGAGGCAGGCACCUUGUGCAGGAGCCACCCCCACCGCUCUCCCUGCCGCGUGCUGAGUGCUCAUGUGUCUUGGCCCCCUCGCUUGCAAACUGGAGAAAGGGUGCCUACGUCUUUCCUCUGCUGCAUUUAUAAACGAGAAAGGGUAUUUUAAACAGUAUUCUCCCACCUGUCCCUCUUGUCUCUUAGAGGGGGUGGAAGUGGACUGGCAUGCUCCAGGGGCCUUCCCAGGCACUGGAAGAGGCCCCAGACCCCGGGGUGUCCCUGGCCAAGGGCAGGCUGGAAGGAUUCUCAUGACCCCCUGCACAUGUCCUUCUCUACCCUGGAAGCCAUUAGAAUCCACCAGGCGUGCAGAUGGACCGCCCUUGCCUGAGCUUGUUGAGCAGCCCUUGGUCUCCGAUUCAAAGGACCAAGAGACCAAAUGCCUCUGUUCUCCCCCCUCCCCAAGCCUCUGCCAGCCUCUGGCUGCACGGCCAGGCCCUGCUUCAUGGCAGGCCUACCAGAGUUUGGCCGAGGGCCCAUGCCACCUCUGGCUCCCUGACAAGCUGGAUGUAACUUGUGUCUUCUGGCCCCUUCAGGAGCCCAGGUGUUGUGAGGAAUGAAUUGGCCACUGCAUCCUGUAUCGGUUUUGGUUCCAAGAAAAGCAAAUAUCAUUUUUGGCUGCAUUAAAAGAAGCAUCAUGUAUAAAAUAA